AGCAACACAAGUGAAGGAGAAAGUUAGCGUUUUCCAUAUCUCAUUCGUCCCUUCCGCAGCUGCAUCUUCCGAGAGUUGCGACCUCAGUCUUCAUCGUCUAUCAAGAUCGUAUCUUGCUGGAAAGAAAUGGCAUGGAGAGGAAAUCUUUCAAAGAACAUAAAAGAGCUUCGACUUUUGAUGUGCCAGUCAUCACCUGCAAGCGCAUCUGCAAGGGCAUUUGUUGAAAAGAAUUAUAAGGAACUAAAGACAUCGAACCCAAAAUUGCCCAUAUUGAUCCGUGAAUGCAGUGGAGUCGAACCCCAAUUAUGGGCAAGAUAUGAUCUCGGUGUCGAGAAAGGCAUUAAACUGGAAGGCAUGACAGAGCCACAGAUUUUGAAGGCACUUGAAGAUCUGGUAAAAGCAGGGCAAUCUUUGAAAGCUUGAUAUUCAUAUUACUGCUUAUUCACUUUCUGAAAUGGAAUAAACAUUGUAAUAUUGCACUUCUUAUUACAAUGUGUUUCUAGAGUCAUUUUAAGAAUAUGAAUCUGUUAAUUCUAUGUUGAAAGACAAGGUUAUGCAUUUUGAGUACAUUUAUUGCAGAUUAAAUCUGUUUAUUUCA